UUUUUGCAUGAAAAACAACACAAUUAGUUCAUUUUUAAGCCCGAUAGGUCGCCCAUGCAUGUCGCAAAACGAUAUGGACCGAUAGGUUUAUUCCGAAAUAAUCGAUACAACGCGAAUUCCGUGAAAUAAUUUUAUUGAUUCUAUUUUGGCGAGUUUUCUGAUUAAACAGCGAAAGUACCUGCCUCCCGCCCCAUUGCACGUGUGUUAAGUGGGUGCACCUGUCCGCCGGCACCGUUCUGGCCAUAAAAGUCGGUGCGGCACCACAUUGGCACCACUGCACUGUGGACCACUUUACACCACCGCCCCCUUUGGAGUUUUGACCCACAAACAACAAAUUGCGAAGGAGCCCCAGAAAAUGGUGGACGCCGCCAGGCAGAUGCUCGACGAGCUGAUGGGCAGGAAUCGCAACCUGCAUCCUUCGGAGGCGGGCGCCAAGGUCAAUUGGGAGGAUCCGGAGUUCUGUCAAUUCUACAACGUUAAGUUCUGUCCGCACGAUCUAUUCAUAAAUACCCGCGCGGAUCUGGGCCCCUGUGCCCGCAUCCACGACGAGGAAGCCCGACAUCUAUACGAGGAUGCUAGACCCUCACAGCGGAAGCGCCAGUACGAGGAUGAGUUCUUGCGCUUUUGCAAUGUGAUGCUUCACGAUGUGGAUCGAAAAAUCCAAAAGGGCAAACAACGUUUGCUUCUAAUGCAAAGGGAUCAGCCCAAUAUAACGACACCAAUGAGCAGGCACCAGGAGCAGAUGAGCAAUCUGACGGCCAGGAUCAAUAAGCUUCUCUCGGAGGCGGAGGAAGCCGGUAUUCGGGGGGACGUGGACCAGGCCCAGGAUCUUAUGACCCUGUGCGAGGAGCUCAAGGAGGAGAAGGAGCAGUUGAUGCAGCAACACGAGGCCAACCACAAGACCAUCAGUAGCAUCAGCCUGACCAAGUCACCGGAGGAUGAGCUGCAGCAGCAGUCGCGCAGCAGUCCGGUCGCAAAUCCCAGCGAGGAAAUUCCAACCACUCUUCCAGCCGCCAUCACCCUGGAUGAAGCGCCAGAUGCAGCUCCAAGUUCCGCGCCAGCAGCAGGGCCGGUAGUCACAACCGCAGACGAUGCCGGCGAAGUUGCUGGUUCAGCCAGCGAGGACAAAACGGAGAAGACCGAUAGCAAGGCGGCUGGUUGGUCGCACGACGCCAUGCCCGAGAAACAGAUGAAGGUGUGCGAGAUCUGUGGUGCGUUCCUGAUCGUUGGCGAUGCACAGCAGCGGAUCGAGGACCAUUUGAUGGGCAAACAGCAUUUGGGCUACUCCAAGCUGCGCAACGCAGUGGCCGAGAUCAAUGAGGCGCGACAGAAGGAGCGCGAGCAGGAGGAACGACGUCGGCGCGAGGGCCGAGUGCAGCGCUUCCACUCCUACGAAAGCAGACGCGAGCCACGCAGCGAGUACCGCGAGCGAAGUCGCGACUACGUUCAGAAUCGCCAGCCCUCGGAUCGGCGUCACCAUCACCAUAAGUCGCACCACAGUUCCCAUCACUCGUACUCGCGCAGUGGCGGUGGUGGUGGUGGCAGCGGAGGAGGAGGAGGUGGAGUUGGUAGUGGUGGUGGUGGUGGUGGCGGCAGCAGCAGUCGGAACAACCGGAGCCACCAUAAUCACAACCAUAAUCACUACCGCCAUGACAGCCGCGAGCGGCAUUGCCGCAGUCGGAGUCGCAGUCGCUACUAGAGACCAAAAAAAGAAAAUAGAAACCAAGUGAAUAGCAAACCAAGAACACAAGUAAAUAAUCAGAGAGACAGGAGCAGUACCCAAAGUCCCAAACCGAAAGCGUACAACUAAAUAUGAUCAAGUUCAGCACGAACACCAUCUCUCGCCCAUCUGCGAUCUUCAGUCUUCGUCUUCGUCUCAUGUGUUCGAAAAUCCGAAAUCUGCAAUCCGUAAGCACCAGCUGCCGUGGCCACGGGCGGCAGCAUCGAGGUAUCCCAAUAAAAAAAAAAACAAACCAAAAUCAUUAACACAAUUUUCAAAAAAAAUAAUAUGUAUCAAAAAACAGUGUAGAAAGAAACAGUAUCUGAGCUGGCAGUAACGUGUGCGCUGAGGUGAGUCCAACACUUGAUAAACCCGUAAAAAGUAACACUCCAAUGGCGCCAUUGUGCUCCUCCACAUUCGUUUCCGUACCAUUACUCUAUAUCGAUCUAUAGUAUCUGUGUGCACACAUCUGUGUACUCCCCCCAAUGUGUGUACCCAGUUGGGUUGAGAUCCGAGUAAGGAUUUCCUGAUGCUUCAGUUCUUCGAAACGUACUGACGGACCGACGGACCUACGGGAUUGCGUCUUUUUAUUUCAAUUAUGGUUAACUCUACUGGUUUUUAAAGCACCAACGCCACUUUUACUCAAACUCUGCAGUAUUAAGACGCAACUAUAUCAAUUUUGUGCAGGAUCGUUUUCAAAGUUUUUUACUUUCAACAGCACAUUAAAAUACGCAAUGGGUAUCUAUAAAACAAAUAUUGAGGGAGUUGUUCAUUCGUGUUCAUGGAUCAGUCCUAAAAGUAGUUAACAAUGGAAUAUAAAAGCAAGAUGUUUGCCAUGUGCUGGGCAACCAGACUUCUAUAUAUAUAAAUAUAUUAUAUAAUGACCAAGAGAUUGGCUGAGGAUUAGGGCGAUACGGAGCGUUCUAUGGACGUUUUCCUUGCAAUUGUGACUGGGACAUUGACUGAAACAGAAGCCGCCAUCCGAGGAAAGGAACCCCAAGGUGUAAAAAUUAAUAUAUAUAGAGAGAGAGAGAGUGAGAGAGAGGAGGAUAUAUGAAUGUAUGUCCAUAAAGAAAGAAGAACCAACCAGGUAACUUCUAUGCCACACCUCCACACAUAAAUGUUUCUUCACGACAGACAAGGCGAAAUCCGGGAAUCGAGAUCCGCACUCCUUGCUCCAAAAUACGCUAUCCGGAAAUCAACGAUCAUCAACGAAAGAUCAGUGAUCAGUGAUCAGAGAAAGAGAGAGAAGAGUGCAUGAGAACGCUGAGAUAGAGAGAGAAAGAGAGAGAGACACUCGUGUAGAACUGUAUUAGGCGUAAUACAAAACGAGGUGAAUUUCAAUUUCUCUCAUCUACUUAUAAUUAUAUUAUAUACAUAUAUCUAUAACUCUACCCAUUACUUCACCCAUCCUUGGAUCAAAAUUAAUAUUGCAUUGAAAACGCCGGGUUGUCAGUUAAAGCAAAAUACUAUGGAGCAAUUUGAACCGUACAUAUAUACAUGAAUGUAUGGCCGCCUUAGUUCGAUGAUGAGCUCGAUGAUGAGUUAGGAUGAGCUCCUUUUGUUUCCCCCAUUCCUGGAAGGAUUACACCUUCUUCCUGUUUCCCAGCAUCCCCGAUCGCACCCACUAAUCACCCACCAUAACCUCUACAUUCUUAUUGGUUACCAGAAUCACCAGCAAAAAAUAAUCAAUUGAAUUGAGUUCCCAUCGGGCAAGCAAAGUUAAGGGAAAUUUACGAAUGCAGAUUUAAGUAUAUAGUGUAACCAAUCAAUAAAACUCGAUCGAUCGCCUUUAGUCAUGUAAAGAUGUUUUUAAUUAUGAAUUACGAUAUGAGUAAGGAUAACCACAUUCUAUUGAGAGACUCGCAAUAAUUUUCUAAUAAAGAUCAAACUAAAACCUGAAAACGAA